AACCGAGCUCCAGCCGGUCGUUCUCGCCGGCGUUGCAAACACAUCUCCGUGGCCCAUCUAUCGAGGCGGUUGUACCGCGACGUUAGUCACGAUGAUUCGCGGCUUAUUAGCCGUACUUCUAUGCGCCAGCCUGGUGCUAGGCGAGGAAGCUGAGCGGAAGAAACCCACGGACACCGUGAUCACCCACGCUCGCGUGGAGAGCUGCGGCGGAUGACGACUGAAUGCCUAUCCUGAAGUGAAACGGUUUGUCUACGACGACAUACCCGAGUAUCACAACACGGAAUUCAAAGUGAUCCACGGCGCCGUGCCCGAAAUACUUUUCUUGAACGCCGCAGGAGAGGAAGUUGAGCGCCUGAGCCUGGAGAAGAGGAGCCGCGACGACUGCAACCAGCUGCUGCUUGAACGUGGCUUCCGCAAGAAGGAGAAGGAACCAGAAGAGGACGUUGAGGAAGAGGACCUUGGAAUCAAGGGCGAGCUCUAGAUGCGACCGUGGAGCACAGCUCAACAUGCACCAUUGACCAUCUGUUCACAUUGUGCCUACUAUACAGCAGCUCAGUAUGAUGCACAUUUCUCUCAGUGCUGUCAAAAUAUUGGAGAUCCACUGCACAUCUGUGCAUUCAAAUUACAAUGAAAUUGAAAUCUUGUAUUAAGGUAAAGCUGCCUCCGUGUUUCCUGUGGAUGUAUGUCCAACGAUAUGACCACGAAUUCGGUUUCUUUGGCUUGCUACUAAAAUCUGCCACUGGCAUUUAACACGUAAGCCAUGUUUUCUUGGCAGCUUGUUACAGUUAAAGCACAGCAGUAACUCUUAAGGUCAUGCAUUUUUUAUAUUGCACUUGUGCACCAAUCAGUGUUGAAGUAUCAUGCAAAGGUAUUUUGGUAAAAGUGUUACAUUAAAAGCCCACCCAAGUGGGAAGAAAAAAUGAAAACGCACCUUUCAACUGUGAAUUAUGCUGCAAAGUUGUACUGCAAGCACAAUUUAUCAUUCCAGCUGUUGAGGUUAGCUUAGUUGAGCUUCAUUUUCCAUCAAUUAAUUUUUUUUGUUACUUUUACCACCUUCUGCCAGCAAAAGGCUUCUCUGUGACCAUUGAUCGGGUUGCCUAGAUGAAGUUGCUGCCGGAAAUUUUUAAAAUCGGCUGCAGCGGAUGUACUGCGUCUGGUUUUUGGUUGUGCUGGAGUUCUGGCUGGUUUUGGUGAUGUACAUAAAUAAACACAUGCAUUGCAA